AUGGCGUCCCGAGGUGAUUCAACGGAGGAAUCAAGUCCUCGCGAGGACAACACCCGAGGCAAGUCCUAUUCUGUGCCUAAGCAGCAGGGCCUUGAGACUGACGUGUCCAGCGAUGGUCCUCCCACGCAACAAGGGGCAGCUAACCACCCCAACCGCGCAUGGCGCGUUUGUCAGAGUGACUCAUCAUACAGAGGCAACGGCCCUUUGAUCUCCCCUGAGGAGGCCGCCCGCAAGAUCCGAACGCAAGGAUUCCCACCCCGCGAGUCUGGAAUAUCCCCGGACGGCUUCCCCAGCCGGAGUAUGGAGGCCGGUGGGGUGAGCGGGCUCUUCGGCCAGCGCGAGAGUAUCCAAGUCAGUAAAGACUCGACAAGUUCUGAGAACCCCUGCCCAUCCCCAUCCUCCCCUUGCUCCCCUAAUUCAGCGUCCGCCGCGUCAUUUACCAUCGGCGAGUAUGACGCGUCUGUCCACACGGCGCGGGCUAUUCCUCUACGCCGUGUUAGGCCUGGUCGGCGGGGAGAAGAGAGACCUGGUGAGAAUCGCGAGCCUUCGCCGGCUGCUCUUGACCGUAUAGACGAUCGGAUCGAGGAUUGUGAGAGAGUGUGGGCGGACGAUUCUCGUGGAGCGGCCGGGCACACUCGGGAAAGUAGGCAACAGGAGGACCGCAUGCUGACUGGCGGCAGGGAGAUCCGCAUUGAUCCGUUUUCACAGGGCUCAGAUCCAAGGGCAGUUAGCCAGCAUGUGGCACCAACUUCCUCAAGACCACGUCACAGACCGGGCGACGCUGUUCACCCCACAGGCAGGGCUGGUGAACUCCCACCGGCUCCUGGCGGCCACCACGCCCACCCUCAACGUGUCUCUUCCACUCCGAGUGAGUCCAGCAUCGCCGAGACGAUCUUCAACGUCCGGCAGCCCACACCCCCUCCGCAUCAGCCGACACUCGGACAACUUGGGCAUCAGUCUAACACCGCAUCACUCCCUAGGUCGCGGCGGCACGCAGCCACGGCCGUGGGGCCAUCCGGAAACCUCAGGCAGGGCCCUUCUCACCCGGCCACGAAUGCCGUACGAGAGGAACCUGUUCCGGCCGUGUUGGUCCCUGGUGGGCGGCUCGGUUUCCUGGGUGGGAGUCAUCCUCGUCAGCCACCGUAG